GGAUGGCAGGGGGUUGGCUCCCAGUUAGGUCCGAGGGCAGAAGCUGCUGCCCUCAGGCUCCACGCAGCCACAUCCUUUACCAGCCCCAGACCUGGGCAAACCCAGCUUCCGAUUCGGCUCCUCUCCCUCUCCGUCUGCUGUAGCUGCGGGUCUGGUUUUCACCUCCUGUCACUCAGCGCUCUGGAUGCCGUGGGCUUCCCCCUUUCCCAUCUGUGCUCUCCAAUCCUUGGGGCAGUCUCUUGACCUUUCCCACCUUGAAACUACAUCUGGAGCUCCCUGCGGAUUAGAGUGGGCUUGGGAGCCCCCAGGAAGCUGCAGAUUGUCUGCUGUGACUGGCAGGCAGAUUCCAUCCCUUACUUCUUGUUCCUGUCCUGGGGCAAACCCAGCUGGGCACCUUGACCGUGGCCUUUUUUCUGUGACCCUGGGGUCUCUGGCCACCUCCUCUUCCCUGGGCCAAAAGUGAGAGGAGGAGUAGCCAGGGCCACAAUUAACCUUUUUCACGAAUGGGGUUUGGAACAUCUCUGUACACCUUAGAUGCUUGCAGCACCUCUCCUCUGUAACUGUUGGGGACUGGGAAGCUUCUUUGCUCCAUGACCCCUGAGGAGAGGUGCGUGGACUUUUCUCCCCUCUGCAGCUGGGACUGCAUGACUGUACCAGAUGGGCGGUGGGCAGCACAGGGCCCGGCACGGCUCGUCCCUAGCCAGCUGGAGGACCUGAGGGCAGGCACCGAGCUGCGCCAUCCUCUGCCCCAGCUGCCUUUUCUGGCAACACGCCUAAACUGUGGAGAACCCAGGGUGACAUGGAACUCUUGGCAAGGAUGCGAAGUGUUGAGGAACAGGAACAGGGGAGGUUGGGGGAGGAACGAGUGAGAGCAGGAGGGUUUGCUGUAUCAGUUACAAGGGAAACGAGGGUGUCCCUGACUUGCCACCCCCACCCCAGGUUUCUCUUCAGGUUCUGUGGAGUGAAGCUGUGGGGGACAGGCCUGGUCAUGGACCCGCUUUCAGAGUUGCAGGAUGACCUGACCUUGGAUGACACCAGCCAGGCCCUGAACCAGCUGAAGCUAGCCUCCAUUGAUGAGAAGAACUGGCCGUCGGACGAAAUGCCUGACUUUCCGAAGUCAGAUGACUCCAAAAGCAGCUCCCCGGAACCUGUUACUCACCUGAAGUGGGAUGACCCUUACUACGACAUUGCCCGGCACCAGAUUGUGGAGGUGGCAGGAGAUGACAAGUAUGGGCGGAAGAUCAUUGUGUUUAGUGCCUGCCGAAUGCCCCCGAGCCACCAGCUGGACCACAGCAAACUCCUGGGGUACCUGAAGUACACGCUGGACCAGUACGUGGAGAGCGACUACACGCUGCUCUACCUGCACCACGGCCUGACCAGCGACAACAAGCCCUCCCUCAGCUGGCUCCGGGACGCCUACCGCGAGUUUGACCGCAAGUACAAGAAGAAUAUUAAGGCCCUAUACAUCGUGCACCCCACCAUGUUCAUCAAGACCCUGCUCAUCCUCUUUAAGCCCAUCAUUAGCUUCAAAUUCGGGCAGAAGAUCUUCUAUGUGAACUACCUGAGCGAGCUGAGUGAGCACGUGAAGCUGGAGCAACUGGGGAUCCCUCGCCAAGUGCUCAAGUAUGACGACUUCCUCAAAUCCACACAGAAGAGCCCUGCCACGGCCCCCAAGCCCAUGCCACCACGGCCCCCUCUGCCCAACCAGCAGUUCGGGGUCUCGCUGCAGCACCUCCAGGAGAAGAACCCAGAGCAGGCGCCCAUUCCGCUUGUGCUCCGGGAGACCGUUGCCUACCUGCAGGCCCAUGCUCUCACCACUGAGGGGAUUUUCCGAAGGUCAGCCAACACCCAAGUCGUCCGGGAAGUACAGCAGAAGUACAACAUGGGGCUGCCGGUGGACUUCGACCAGUACAAUGAUUUGCACCUGCCGGCUGUCAUCCUCAAGACCUUCCUCCGGGAGCUUCCUGAGCCCUUGCUCACCUUUGACCUCUACCCCCACGUUGUGGGCUUCCUCAACAUUGACGAGAGCCAGAGAGUGGAAGCGACGCUGCAGGUGCUCCGGACACUGCCUGAGGAGAGCUACCAGGUGCUUCGUUUCCUCAUUGCCUUCCUGGUGCAGAUUUCUGCCCACAGUGACCAGAACAAGAUGACCAACACUAACCUGGCUGUUGUCUUCGGCCCUAACCUUCUGUGGGCCAAGGAUGCUGCCAUCACCCUCAAGGCCAUUAAUCCCAUCAACACGUUCACCAAGUUCCUCCUGGAUCACCAAGGGGAGUUGUUCCCCAGCCCUGACUCCAGGGGGCUCUGAGCCCUGCCCUGCCGCCCCUUCUUGGAGAGCCCCAACUGGGACUCUUCCUCCCGGCUUCAGCCUUAUCGGAGCUUGGGGCUCCUGCCCAGCAAGGGGCCGUGAGGCCCUGCGGGCUGGAAGCUGGGGCCAGCCAGCCCGGCAGCUCUUGCUCCCCUUCUGUCCAGCCCGCCUCGCCAGCCCUGGAGGCCUCGCUGUAACCACGAGACGUUUUUCUUCGCCUUAUACUUCUCACUGCCUCCUUGGAUCCCUGGCUCCUUGCCAGGCUCUGCAGAGCUGGCCUUGGCUCUUCCAGCAGGGAAAAAGACUGGCCCCAGCAGCUGCUUCCCCACUUUCUCCUGCCUCUCUUUUCCUGGCAACUGCAGAUGCCUCUGUCAUGCCAGCUGGGCUGGUAGCUGGGGCUGGUCCCCUUCCUGGCUGCUGGGGAGUAAGCAGCUGAGCUGGGCUGGCUUGGGCCCGCCCUACCAACGCACCUCCCUGCCUCGGUGAAGGCCUGUGCGCAAAGCAUCUGCUCCUGUCCUCCCCUCUGAAGGUUCAGCCUUGGGUGUUGACACAGCUAAGGACUGGCAAGGCCAGAGGCUGCUUCCUACUUCUGCCUCCUUCUCUUGCACACAUCCUGGGUCAGCCCUUCUCAAGUGAUACUGCCCCCAGGAUGUUCCUGCCCCCUGGUUCUGCCAGGACUGGCAGCUUGGAUGAUAGGGCUGAGUCCCAGCAUCCAUCUGAAACAGACACUCCCAUUCCUACCCAGAAGCCCCGUGUCUGGUCGGGCCAGUGACAAGCAGUCUCAGACCCCCAUGCCUUGCCUCCCCUCCCUUCCCACUCCCGCAGAUCCUCAGCCUAAGCUCUUGUGGGCGGGUCUGUGGUGGGGUCACAUGGGUCCCUGCUCCGGCCAGAAGCGACUCAGUGCCUCAGGAUCUGUGGCUUCUUCCUCCAGCUAGUGACUCCUGGAGGGGCUGAGCGGAGACCUUGCUAAUUAAGUCAACCCCUGCCGGGGGAGUUCUAGCAACGUCCCCCAGGGCCCUGUCGUCUUUAAGAAAUCCUGGACCCCGAUCAUUGGUACUUCUCAUUCCAGCUGUGUUCCUUAGAAUUACACGCCUUCUUGGUGAACCGCGGGGGGGGACCCCACUUCCUGCAGUUGUCCCCUGGCAGCAGAGGGAAGUAUCUGCACAGUGGCCCUGCCCCCCUAGCCUUGGCCAGAGCUUGUACUGUGGGGGCCCUCAUUGACCAGCCCAGCCCCAUCUGCGCGGUGGGUGCGGCCUGGGUCCUGACCUCACUGGGCUCUCUCCCGAGGAUGCUAGCAUGUUAGGACUCCUGGGGGCCUGGAGUGGCUGCUGGUUCCUUGUCAGUCCCUGCGUCUCUGGCCCGAGCCGGGCUUCUGCUUUCUGCCCUCCUUUGUGUAUCAGGUGUUACGCACAGCCCCAUUUACUGGGGAGCCUCAUAGAACUCUUAGGUCUUUCUCCUGUCCCCUGUCCCACUGGUCUGUCCCCAGGGGGAGAGGGAGAGUACUGUGAAUCAAGUGUUCACAUUCACACUUAAUGACUUCCUGGGCACCAAUCAUGUAUUUCACCUUUACACUUUUUGUAUUUCAAUAAAAAAGGAGAUGGAAAACUGCA